CUGAAGGCCUCAGUAGAUCAAAAAUAUAACUCGGAAAAUAAACAUCUGCACACCCGGUACACAAGUGCGUUAAAUUGAUGCAUUGCUAAACAGCCGGCGUUUUAGCGCGUGUUUUAACGCGCCUACAACUAGCUGUGCACUCGGGGAGUCGACGUGCGUUUCGCAUUUCAUCAGAUUCGAGGAUCAAACGCGCUACAAAAUGCGCGUCAAGUCAACGCGCGUCGAUAGUGAGUCGUGUUUUGUCUCCACUUUUUGCAGAGUAUCAAUUUAACGUUACAAUGAGCCAAGUGUGACCUCAACAUAGUUUUAUUUUUACUAUCAACAAUUAUUUUUUGCGGAUGAGUAAACCUGGUUAUACCCAAUACUGCUACGAGUAUUUGUGAGCACAUUAUUUAUGUGUAUUUUUUUUUGCUCAGGUGGUUUCGUGAGCUAGUCUUAUAUUCUUCGCAAAUGGACGAAAUUAAACUCAAGAGUUUCCCAAAGGAUUUUAUAUUUGGCGUAUCAACAAGCGCUUAUCAAAUUGAAGGAGGAUAUGAUGCAGACGGUAAAGGUGAAAAUAUCUGGGAUCACUAUACAAACAAAUAUCCAAAGCUGUUCAAAAAUGCUAAUGGCAACAUAGCUUGUGACUCCUACACAAAAUUCAGGGAGGAUGUAGCGCUUGUCGAUGACCUGGGUGUGGAUUUCUACAGAUUUUCGGUGUCAUGGAGCAGAAUUUUGCCAAAUGGACAUUGCAACGUCAUUAAUGAAAAAGGCAUACAGUAUUAUAAUAAUAUCAUAGAUGCUUUGACAGAUAAAGGUAUUCAACCAAUGAUAACGAUGUUCCACUGGGACCUACCAAUGCCUCUCCAAAGACUCGGUGGCUGGACAAAUCCCCUUAUCGUCCAAUGGUUCAAGGACUAUGCUAGGAUACUAUUCAGUAGAUUUGGAGAUAGAGUGAAGCUCUGGGUAACAGUGAACAAAAGUGAGACAGGAUACUGUGAUGAUGGUUUUCCUCCAUUUAUCAACCAACCUGGCAUUGCUGACUAUCUGUUGAACCAUCAUACCUUGUUAGCUCACGCAGAAACUUACCAUAUGUACAAGGAAGAAUUCCUAGCAAAGCAACAUGGUAAAGUACAGGCUACAUAUUUUUGGAUAGCUAUUUUAUUACUAUGUUUUGAUAUACUCAGGGGUUUUAGAGGUAUAUCAAGACAAAACCCAUCAACUGUUAUACUCAAAAUAUGGAAGCCUAAACGUAAGCGUCCAUCGGCCCGCAUCGUAUGUAUCAAACAUUUAUACUUGUGUCACAAGAUCAGUUCUAGAGUUACAUGCAUAAAUUUUUAAGCAAAUUCAUCAAUUGCUCUACAUGAAACAUCAACAUCCGGCCGUCUGCAAUACGAUUAGAAUUUCUCGAAUAGGCAAGUAUCGCGUAUGUGUGUGCCAAUGACAUCAUACAGGUUGCCGAUCAGUGGACGCAUCACCGUCCAAAGCGACGAUCAGGUGAUUUCAUUUGUGUUGGCCAUUUCAAAAACCAAACAAAUCACAUUUCUCCGAGACGCUACGAGUAUUUUGCAUUCAUUCCCCUUCAAACAAUACCAUGUAAUACUCACGCCCACUGCGGAUACCUCAAUGGGUCAUUUCCAACACAUUUCCAGGAUAAGCGAUUUGUUUUCUGUUCAUAUUCAUGUGCCACCAGAAUACAAAUACUAAAAUUUAAAAAUAAGGUUGUUGGCGAAUACAAUAGGAAUUUUGUCUUCUCUGCUUUGCGAUCACUUAUUUAAGAUUUGACUUGUUUCCUUGCAAAGCCGUUAGCUUAACCCUCCUCAUUUCAAUUCUUUAUUUGUGUUAAGUACACCAGCGUGUUUACACAAAAAAAUUAAUACAAAAAGCAGUCUGACAAAAGACUGAUAUUCAAAUUAGACAGAAAAACAUCAACUUAUGACAUUAUGAUUCAUUAGAAGCAGAUACAGCAAGUCCAUAUAAGUUGUAAAAACAGGAGGACAUAAUAUAUACGUACAUACAUAGAUACACGCAUAUUCAUUUAACCACAAUACGUAUGUUUACUUCUACACACACACACUUACAUAUAUACAUAUAUACACAUAUACACAUAUAUACGUUAAAAUGGUAAGACAUAUGAAAUGUUGAUAUAAAAAUUUACCAGAUGACUUAGUAGAAAGUUCAAGGAGCCUAGAGGAUCCCACGUGUAGGAACGCUGUUAUAUUUGCUAACAAUCCGACAAGUCUGAAAAAUUAUUGUCCAAAUACUCGUUGAUCGAGUAAAAUGCUUUAGUAGUCAGAUAAACAUUAAUUUUAUUUUUAAAAACUUCCGCAUCCAGUUUCCUUAUACGGUCUGGCAACAGGUUAUAAAAAAAUAUCCCAUAAUAGUUUGUGCCGUUCCUGAUGGUUUGGAGACGGCUAUGAGGUACUAAGAUUUUAUCCAUAUUUCUGGUUCUACAACUGUGGAAAGCACUGUGGGUAGUAUAUUGGCUCAGGCUAGUCUUUAUAUACAUCAGACAUGUGAAGAUGUGAAGAGAAGGUACUGUCAUGAUUUUUAAUUCUAUAAAAGCUUCCUUGCAAGGUUACGUGUAUUUGAGGCCAGCAAUGUACCGCAAGCAACGUCGUUGUAAUCCAAAAACUUUUGACGAGUGGGCCGAGUGACCCCAGUUUAACAAUGCGUAUGAAAUUCUUGAUUGAAAGUAGGAAUAAUAUGUUAGAAGAAGAACUGACUUGAGAGUCAUUUUGUUUCAAGUUCCUUAUCAAAUAUACAGGGUGACUUUGAAGUUGAGUCAUUAAUUUUCAGAUAAUGAUUGUAGAAGGAAGAUAAACCAAAAUAUGUG